CAUUGAGAUGUUGGAAGGUUCUGUUCUGACCCGUUUCACGUGGAGCCCAACGUUCCCCGUGCAGACACGCAGCUGCACAGCGAGCACCUGUGAGAAGGCUGCAGAGCAACCCUCAACCUUCCAACGACAGGAAACCAGUUGAUCUUCUCGAGAACGUGCGUCUGCACUCAGCAGCAGGCACAAAACACGUUCACACCCGAGCUGCUGCGCCGGAGAAAAUUCACAAAAAAACUCUUUAAAAACUGUCAGAUGAAGCCAAAACUUGAUGGCGGCUCCUGAACUUUGAUACUGGAUGAUUAAAGAGAAGAUAUUUCAAAAGGAAAGAUGGGAUGUAACUGCAGUUCCAGUUAUUCGGACAAUGACGAAUGGAUCGAAAACUUGGAUGAAAUCUGUGAACACUGCAACUGCCCCAUUGCGCCACAGUCAUGCAAUCCAUACACAGAUCAGCUGAUUCCGUACUCACAGCAUUCACCUCCGACCUCUCCUUUACCAGACAACCUCGUGGUGGCCAAAUACAGCUAUGAGCCAAACCAUGAGGGCGACCUCGGCUUUGAGAAGGGAGAAAACCUCCGGCUCCUCAACAAGGACGAUGCAGAAUGGUAUUUGGCUGAAUCCCUCACCACCGGCCAGAGAGGCUACAUCCCGUACAAUUUUGUUGUCACAAUGAACACCGUAGAGACUGAACCGUGGUUCUUUAAGAAUGUUUCCAGAAAUGAUGCCAUGAGGCUCCUUCUUGCCCCUGGGAAUACGCAGGGUUCCUUCCUGAUUCGAGAGAGUGAGACAACUCCAGGAUCCUACUCCUUAUCGGUGAGGGAUUUGGAUCACAAUAGUGGUGAGGGAGUCAAGCACUACAGGAUCCGGAACAUGGACAGUGGUGGAUUUUACAUCACAGCCAAGAUAUCUUUUAACUCCCUCAAAGAGCUCGUACAGCAUCACUCACGUGAUGCAGACGGUUUGUGUACGCGGUUGAUAAAGCCAUGUCAGUCUAGGGCGCCCCAGAAACCAUGGUGGCAGGACGAGUGGGAGAUUCCCCGGGAGUCCCUAAAACUGGAGCGCAGACUCGGGGCAGGACAGUUUGGAGAAGUCUGGAUGGGUGUCUACAAUAGCGACAGGAAGGUGGCGAUUAAGAAUCUGAAGAUGGGUACCAUGUCUGUGGAAGCCUUCUUAGCUGAAGCCAAUAUGAUGAAGAACUUGCAGCAUCCUCAUCUUGUCCGUCUGUUCGCUGUGGUUACCCAGGAGCCCAUCUACAUCGUCACAGAGUACAUGGAAAACGGUAGCCUCGUGGAUUACCUGAAAACCACAGAAGGAAGCAGUUUGCCCAUGAACAUUCUGAUUGACAUGGCCUCUCAGGUGGCUGACGGCAUGGCCUUCAUUGAGCAGAAGAACUACAUCCAUCGAGACCUGCGAGCCGCAAACAUCCUGGUGUCCUACAGCCUGAUCUGUAAAAUCGCCGACUUUGGACUCGCCAGACUCAUCGAGGACAACGAGUACACAGCCAGAGAGGGCGCAAAGUUCCCCAUCAAAUGGACGGCUCCGGAGGCGAUCAACUACGGCACCUUUUCCAUAAAGUCUGACGUUUGGUCGUUUGGGAUCCUGCUGACAGAGAUCGUAACAUACGGCCGCAUUCCGUAUCCAGGAAUGUCAAACCCGGAGGUCAUGCAGAACCUGGAGCAUGGCUACAGGAUGCCGAGACCUGACAACUGUCCUGAGGGUCUUUACAACAUCAUGGGUUUGUGCUGGAGGGAAAACCCAGAGGACCGUCCAACGUUUGAGUACCUGCGGAGCGUCCUGGAGGAUUUCUUCACUGCCACAGAGCGUCAGUACCAAGAUCAACCUUGAGGGACCACAGAGACAUUGAGUUUACCAAGAGGCUACACACUGAGACUUUACUUUGCUUCUGCAUGGAACUUAUCAUGUCGUGGCCUUCUGUGGAGCUUUGACCUGCGGACGGUACCGGCUGGACAGUAGUACCAGCAGAACCACACACAUGCACAAACCCGUCGCCCUGUGAAGCUGCUCUCCUGAUGUUCUUUAUUAGGAUGUAAAUAUGUGCUCACUGCAUUUUUACUCACUUUGUUCUUACAGCAAACUCACAAAAUUAUACAUGUUGCUUGUUGUGUUAAAUUCAUAAACUCCUUCAUGACAUAAAAUAAACCCUCAUGUUUCUUUAUAAAAUGGUGCAGAUGUGGA